AGACUGACUGACUGACUGACUAGAAGAGCAGCAAAUAAUCGUUGAGCAGUAAGUAAUGGUAGAUAGUAGUAGAAGUUCUUCAGGGUUUCUUAAAGAGAUACUAAUUUGACGUCAAGCCUUGGAUUAUUGCUCUCCGUGGCUGUGAGGAUGAUUUGUGUUUGGGCGAGGCUCUUUUUAGGUCUCUUCCUCUUUGCUGUUGAUGGCCAUAGUUCAGAACCGUUCUUCAUGGUGACGUUCCCUGCAGUGAUUGAGUCUUGCAGUGAUGCCAAAUUGUGUGCAGUUCUUCUGAAACCCAAAGAUAGUCUCACAAUGACCGUUUCUCUGCUUGAUGAGAAAAACGGGACAACUCUACUUGUGCAGCAGAGUUCUGCUUCUGCAGAGAUUUUCCGCUGCUUUAAUUUCCAGGCUCCUCGAGUAGAUGUGGAGUCAGUGCAGAAGAUCGUUGUGGAAGUUGAAGGGACGUCCUUCAAAUUGACCGAAGAGAGGAAAGUCAUGUUCAGACGUUACCUGCCUUUGACCUUUAUCCAAACAGACAAACCCAUCUACAAUCCAGGACAAACUGUGAAUUUCAGAGUUGUUACGAUGGAUGCCAAGUUUGUGCCUCUUGAUCAGAUGUACAGUCUUGUGGUGGUGGAGGACAACAAUGAUAACCGGAUUGGUCAGUGGACAAAUGUUUCCUCAACAAGGUGGAUAUUGCAGCUUUCUCACAAGUUGAACCCAGAGGCUCGGAUAGGGAUGUACAAACUAAAAGCUUUUAUUGGUGACCGAGAGAUCUCCCAGGUUUUUGAGGUGAAAAAAUAUGUUUUACCCAAGUUUGAGGUCACCUUAACUGCACCACAGAUGUAUAGUGUUGGAGAUGUGGGACUGAAAGUUGAGGCUUGUGCCAAAUACACAUAUGGGCAACCUGUACCUGGUCAAGUGUUGGUGGAAGUGUGCCGUGAUCCGUUUCCUCAUGUUUCGGUUCCUGAGGUGACUCGUCUGUGCCUGAAUACAACCGCAAAGAUGAAUGCCACAGUCUGUACCUCCCUUACUGUCAAUGCAUCAGUGCUUUUCAAAUCCAGACUUGAAAAUUAUCUGCAAGAUACUUUUCUUGUGAAUAUGAAUGUCACUGAGGAGGGAACAGAUGUAGUUAUGUCCAAAUCUGCAACCGUGUCCAUUUCAUUUGAAGUCGGCAAGGUCACACUUGUGGACCUCCCAGAUUAUAUUGAACCUGGUUCAAUGAUUGAUGCAAAGAUAACAGUGUCUCGUUUCGAUGGGACUCCAGUUGCAAACAAAGCUGUGUAUCUCCUUAAUGGUAACCGCAACAAACUGCUGCUAAAUCUGACCACAGACCAGAACGGACUGGCCACAUUCUCUCUCAACACUGCUAAUCUUCCUAAAGCGGAUCUGAAUCUGGUGGCUAGUGUGACUCCAGGGUUUAUUUAUAGCUACAAAUCGCCAUACUUCACUACAGAUACGAGGGUUGUUCGGCUUCUCCAACCUGAUUCUCCCAACAACCCAUCACUUAGUGAACUGACUAUAGUGACGCUUGAGCAGCCACUCAAAUGUGGUGUUACUUUUCCAGUGACCGUGAAAUAUUCUUUUGUUGGGGAGUCUGGUGACUACAGUGCUGACAUUGUCUAUAUGGUCUUGUCCAGAGGCGUGAUCGUCCUCCAUGGAUUUAAGACUGUCAAAGCGAAGGCUUGUAAUAAAGUCACAAGCGGCUCAGUGUCGUUCCAGCUGUCUGUCAGUGUUGAUAUGGCUCCAGCGGUGCAGAUUCUGGUCUACUGUGUUCUGCCCAGUGAGAAUGUAGUUGUUGGUAGUGCAUCUUUUGACACUGAAGCAUGUUUCCAAAACGAGGUGUCUCUGCAGUUCUCUCCCGCUACAGCCGUUCCUGCUGAGGGAAGCGUUUUGACUGUCUCUGCUCAAGCAGGAUCUCUUUGUGGCCUCAGCGCUGUAGAUCAAAGUGUCUGGAUAUUGGAGCCAGGAAGACGUCUGAGUCCUAAAAUGGUGUUUGACUUGCUCCCAGUGCGAUCACUAUCGGGUUACCCAUACGGUGUUGAGGAUGAGCAGGAGUGUCUAGGUACUUUGCGACCCCGUCGAGCUCUUCGUGCAAAUCCUGACUUCAUUGUUCCUCCAAAUCGUGGCCCCAUUGUUCCUACAAAUAAAGCUUACACAACCUUCAAGAGCCUGGGAAUGAAGGUCGCAACAAAUCUCGCUGUACGAGCCCCUCCGUGCUGGCGGUAUCCCAGGUUCCCUGGCUUCCCAAUGGCCUUGGAAAGGUUUGAUGCAGUUGACAUGGUAGCAGCUGCUGCUCCUGCUCCUGCUCCUCCAGAAGCUGGAAGUGAUGGAGACAAGCGCUCUGUUAAAGUAACUGUCAGAUCUUACUUUCCAGAAACCUGGAUCUGGCAGCUUGCUCAAGUGGGAGCUACUGGAUCAACACAAGUUUCCCUCACGGUUCCUGACACAAUCACCACAUGGGAGAUGGAUGCAUUCUGUCUGUCCUCUAAAGGUCUCGGUCUGGCUCCUCCUGCUCAGCUGACUGUCUUCCAGCCCUUCUUCCUGGAGCUCUCCCUGCCGUACUCCAUCGUCCGUGGAGAGUCCUUUGAGCUGAAGGCCACGGUCUUCAGCUAUCUGUCCAAGUGCAUCAUGGUUAAAGUGACUCCAGCUUCAUCCACAGCCUUCACUCUUGUAGCAUCUAAUGAGCCGUAUUCAUCCUGUGUCUGUGCUAAUGGGAGAAAGACCUUUAAAUGGGUUCUCACAGCUUCUGUUCUUGGAGCUGUCAAUGUGACAGUCAAUGCUUCAGCUGAACCGUCCCGUACUCGAUGUGGCACUGAAGCUGUGACUGUGCCGAAAAGAGGACGUGUUGAUGUAGUCACUCGAAGUCUACUUGUCCUGGCUGAAGGAGUUGAGAGGACAAGCACCCAGAGUUGGCUAUUGUGUCCAAAGGGAAAUGCUCUUUCUGAAGAUGUGACUCUGAUGUUUCCAACAAAUGUGGUUCAGGGAUCAGCCAAAUGCUCAGUUUCAGUCCUUGGGGACAUAAUGGGUCGUGCGCUGAAGAAUCUGGAUAAGUUAUUACGGAUGCCGUAUGGCUGUGGAGAACAGAAUAUGAUUGUUCUUGCUCCCAAUAUUUACAUCUUGCUGUACCUGGAAGCCACGGGGCAACUCACCGCAGCCAUCCGAGAGACCGCCAUCGGCUACCUUCAAAGCGGAUACCAAAGGCAAUUGAACUACAGGCACGAAGAUGGUUCAUUCAGCACAUUUGGUUAUGAUGAAUCAAAUACAUGGUUGACUGCCUUUGUCCUGAGGACUUUUGGUCUAGCCAGGCAAUUUAUCUUCAUCGAUCCACAUGUCCUGCAGAGUGCAAAGGAUUGGUUGAUCAGCAAGCAGGGUUCAGAUGGUUGUUUCAUUCAGCAGGGAACUCUGCACCACAAUGACAUGAAGGGUGGCGUUGGGGACAGCGUGACCAUGACCGCCUAUGUUGUUGUAUCACUGCUUGAACUAGGCAUCCCCGUCACGGAUCCUGUCAUCACCAAUGCUCUGUCAUGCUUGAGGCCUGUUGUUGGGAACCUGGGAAAUACUUAUGCCACUGCUCUGCUGGCCUACUCCUUUAGUCUUGCUGGAGAGACCAGCACUCGAUCACAGCUUCUAACUGCCUUAAACAACAAUGCCAUUUCUGAAGGCACUAAGCUACACUGGUCUCAGACGACAUCUGGUGAUACUCUGGCGGUAGAGAUCAGCUCUUAUGUGCUGCUAGCAGUUCUCGCUGAACAGCCUCUCUCAACAGCAACUCUGGGCUAUGCUAACCGCAUUGUCAACUGGCUCGUGACCCGCCAGAAUCCCUAUGGAGGCUUCACCUCCACCCAGGACACUGUGGUGGCUCUUCAUGCCUUGUCUGUGUAUGCUGCUAAAGUGUUCAGCUUGGACUGCUCCAGCACUGUUACUGUACAGUCCUCGGUGGCAGGAGGAGAGUCUUAUAGCUUCACUGUGAAUCGGGACAACAGGCUGCUGUUUCAGGAGAAGCCGCUGAAGAACGUUCCUGGCAAAUAUAGUGUUAAAGCGUCAGGAUCUUCCUGUGUGUCUGUGCAGGUUGCAUGUUUCUACAACAUCCCAACACCUGUUAAAGUCACCAAAACGCUGAGUGUCGAAGCAAAGGUGAAGGCAGACUGCCAACCGCUGGGAGCCAAUCUCAUCUUGAGCUUCACUGUGAAGUACAAUGGUGCAAAAGCAAGCACUAACAUGGUUAUUGUGGACAUUAAGCUCCUAUCUGGCUUUACGGCAGAUACGUCACUGCUGGGGUCUUCACCCCAAACAUUUGCUCCACUAGUGGAACGGGUUGAUGCUGGAGAUGACAGUGUCCUAGUGUAUCUGAAAGAGGUUCCCAAAGGUGUCCCCAUGACUUACUCUUUGAAGCUGAAUCAGGUUCUUGCAGUGAAUAAUCUCAAGCCAGCGGUCAUCAGUGUUUAUGACUACUAUCAGACAAGUGAUGCAUUUGAGACGACAUACAUGUUCUCCUGUUCAUUACUCUUCAUGGCUGUGAGAGAGAAUUGUGUUUGGAAAGGGCUCAUUUUAGCCCUUUUCCUCUUUGCUGUUGAAGGACAGAAAAGGCCGUUAUUCAUGGUGACGUUCCCUGCAGUGAUUGAGUCUGGAUCUGAUGCCAAAUUGUGUGCAACUCUUCUGAAACCCCAAGAGAGUCUCACAAUGACUGUUUCUCUGCUUGAUGACAAAAACGGGAUAACUAAACUUGUGCAGCAGAGCUCCUCGACGCCACUUCAUCGUUGCUUUAGUUUCAAGGCUCCUCGAGUAGAUGGAGAAUCGGUGCAAAAUCUGAAGGUAGAAGUUCAAGGGAGGGUCUUCAGUGCAACCGAAGAGAGGAAAGUCAUGUUCAGACGUUACCUACCUUUGACCUUCAUCCAAACCGACAAACCCAUCUACAAUCCAGGACAAAUGGUGAAUUUCAGAGUUGUCACCAUGGAUGCCAAAUUUGUGCCUCUUGAUCAGAUGUACAAUCUGGUUGUGGUGGAGGACAAUAAAAAUAACCGGAUUGGUCAGUGGACAAACGUUUCCUCAACGGGGUGGAUAUUGCAGCUUUCUCACGAGUUGAACCCAGAGGCUCAGAUGGGGAUGUACACAUUGAGAGUUUUUAUUGGUGACCGAGAGGUCUCCCAUGUUUUUGAGGUGAAAAAAUAUGUUUUGCCCAAGUUUGAUGUGACCGUAAACACACCACUGACAUACAGUGUUGCAGAUGUGGGACUGAAAGUUGAGGCUUGUGCCAAAUACACGUAUGGCCAACCUGUACCUGGUCAAGCAUUGGUGGAAGUGUGCCGUGAUCCGUUUCCAUAUGUUCCAGGCGUGACCCGUCUGUGCCUGAGUAAAACCGGACAGAUGAAUGCCAUGGGAUGUGCCUCCAUUACCGUCGAUACAUCGGUGUUUUUCAACACCAAAUUUGAGAAUAGUCUUCAAGAUUUGUUUGUUGUUACUGUGAACGUCACUGAGGAGGGAACAGAUGUAGUCAUGUCAAAAUCUGCAACCGUGUCCAUUUCAUUUGAAGUUGGCAAGGUCACAUUUGUGGACCUCCCAAAUUAUUUUGAACCUGGGUUAACGAUUGACGCAAAGAUAACCGUGUCUCGUUUCAAUGGGACUCCAAUUGCAAACAAAGCUGUGUAUCUCCUUAAUGGUAACAGCAACAAACUGCUGCUAAAUCUGACCACAAACCAGAACGGACUGGCCACAUUCUCUCUCAACACAGCUAAACUUCCUAAAGCGGAUCUGAAUCUGGUGGCUAGUGUGACUCCAGGGCUUGUUUGUUACAAAUCGCCAUACUUCACUACAGAUACAAGGGUUGUUCAGCUUCUCCAACCUGAUUCUUCCAACAACCCAUCACUUAGUGAACUGACUAUAGUGACGCUUGAGCAGCCACUCAAAUGUGGUGCUACUUUUCCAGUGACUGUGAAAUACUCUUUUGUUGGCGAGUCUGGUGACUACAGUGCUGACAUUGUCUAUAUGGUCUUGUCCAGAGGCGUGAUCGUCCUCCAUGGAUUUCAGACAGUCACAGCAAGGGCUUCUAAUAAAGUCACAAGCGGCUCAGUGUCGUUCCAGCUGUCUGUCGGUGUUGAUAUGGCUCCAGCAGUGCAGAUUCUGGUCUACUGUGUUCUGCCCAGUGAGAAUAUAGUUGUUGGUAGUGCAUCUUUUGACACUGAAGCAUGUUUCCAAAACAAGGUGUCUCUGGAGUUCUCUCCCGCUACAGCUGUUCCAGCUGAGAGAAAUGUUUUGACUGUCUCUGCUCAAGCAGGAUCUCUGUGUGGCCUCAGUGCUGUAGAUCAGAGUGUCUGGAUAUUGGAGCCAGGAAGACGUCUGAGUCCUAAAAUGGUGUUUGACUUGCUCCCAGUGCGCUCUCUAUCAGGUUACCCAUACAGUGUUGAUGAUGAACUGGAGUGUCUAGGUACUUUUCGACCCCGUCGAGCCCUUCGUCCAAAUCCUGACUACAUUGUCCCUCCAAAUCCUGACUACAUUGUUCCUACAAAUAAAGCUUACACAACCUUCAAGAGCCUGGGAAUGAAGGUCGCAACAAAUCUUGCUGUACGACCCCCUCCGUGCUGGCUGUAUCCCAGCUUCCCCAGAUUCCCCGAAGCCUUGGAAAUGAUUGAUGCGGUUGACUUGGUGGCUCCUGCUCCUCCAGAAGCCAGAAGUGAUGGAGACAAGCGCUCUGUUAAAGUAACUGUCAGAUCUUACUUUCCAGAAACCUGGAUCUGGCAGCUUGCUCAAGUGGGAGCUACUGGAUCCACACAAGUUUCCCUCAUGGUUCCUGACACAAUCACCACAUGGGAGAUGGAGGCGUUCUGUCUGUCCUCUAAAGGACUCGGUCUGGCUCCUCCUGCUCAGCUGACGGUCUUCCAGCCCUUCUUCCUAGAGCUCUCCCUGCCGUACUCCAUCGUCCGUGGAGAGUCCUUUGAGCUGAAGGCCACAGUCUUCAGCUAUCUGUCCAAGUGCAUCAUGGUUAAAGUAACUCCAGCUUCAUCCACGGCCUUCACUCUUGUAGCGUCUAAUGAGCCGUAUUCAUCCUGUCUCUGUGCUAAUGGGAGAAAGACCUUUAAAUGGGUUCUCACAGCUUCUGUUAUUGGAGCUGUCAAUGUGACUGUCAAUGCUUCAGCUGAACCGUCCCAGACUCGAUGUGGCACUGAAGCUGUGACCGUGCCAACAAGAGGACGUGUUGAUGUAGUCACUCGAAGUCUACUUGUACUGGCUGAAGGAGUUGAGAGGACAAACACCCAGAGUUGGUUAUUGUGUCCAAAGGGAAACGUUCUUUCUGAAGAUGUGACUCUGACUCUUCCAACAAAUGUGGUUCAGGGAUCAGCCAGAUGCUCAGUUUCAGUCCUUGGGGACAUAAUGGGUCGUGCGCUGAAGAAUCUGGAUAAGUUAUUACAGAUGCCGUAUGGCUGUGGAGAACAGAAUAUGAUUGUUCUUGCUCCCAAUAUUUACAUCUUGCUGUACCUGGAAGCCACGGGGCAACUCACCGCAGCCAUCCGAGAGACUGCCAUAGGCUACCUUCAGAGUGGAUACCAAGGACAAUUAAACUACAGGCAUGAAGAUGGUUCAUUCAGCACAUUUGGUUAUGAUGAAUCAAAUACAUGGUUGACCGCCUUUGUCCUGAGGACUUUUGCUCUAGCCAGGCAAUUUAUCUUCAUUGAUCCGCAUGUCCUGCAGAGUGCAAAGGAUUGGUUGAUCAGCAAGCAGGGUUCAGAUGGUUGUUUCAUUCAGCAGGGAACUCUGCACCACAAUGACAUGAAGGGUGGUGUUGGGGACAGCGUGACCAUGACCGCCUAUGUUGUUGUAUCACUGCUUGAACUAGGCAUCCCUGUCACGGAUCCUGUCAUCACCAAUGCUCUGUCAUGCUUGAGGCCUGUCGUUGGGAACCUGGGAAACACUUACGCCACAGCUCUGCUGGCCUACUCCUUCAGUCUUGCUGGAGAGACCAGCACUCGAUCACAGCUUCUAACUGCUUUAAACAACAAUGCCAUUUCUGAAGGCACUAAGCUCCAUUGGUCUCAGACUUCAUCUGGUGAUACUCUGGCGGUGGAGAUCAGCUCUUAUGUGCUUUUAGCGGUUCUCACUGAACAGCCUCUCUCAGCGGCUACUCUGGGCUAUGCUAACCGCAUUGUCAACUGGCUCGUGACCCAGCAGAAUCCCUAUGGAGGCUUCUCCUCUACCCAGGACACUGUGGUGGCUCUUCAUGCUCUGUCUGUGUAUGCUGCUAAAGUGUUCAGCUUGGACGGCUCCAGCACUGUUACUGUACAGUCCUCGGUGGCAGGAGGAGAGUCUUAUAGCUUCACUGUGAAUUGGGACAAUAGGCUGCUGUAUCAGGAGAAGCCGCUGAAGAACGUUCCUGGCAAAUAUAAUGUUAAAGUCACCGGAUCCACUUGUGUGUCUGUGCAGGUUGCAUGUUUCUACAACAUCCCGACACCCGUUAAAGUCACUAGGACGCUGAGUGUCGAAGCAAAGGUGAAGGCAGACUGCCGACCACUGGGAGCCAAUCUUGUGUUGAGCUUCACGGUGAAUUACAAUGGCGCAAAAGCAAGCACUAACAUGGUUAUUGUGGACAUUAAGCUCCUGUCUGGCUUCACGGCAGAUACGUCACUGCUUGGAUCUUCACCCCAAACAUUCGCCCCACUAGUGGAGCGGGUUGAUGCUGGAGAUGAUCAUGUCCUAGUGUAUCUGAAAGAGGUUCCCAAAGGCGUCCCCAUGACUUACGCUUUGCAGCUGAAUCAGGUUCUUGCAGUGAAAAAUCUCAAGCCAGCGGUCAUCAACGUUUAUGACUACUAUCAGACAAGUGAUGCGUUUGAGACCACAUACAUGUCGUCCUGUCCCUGAUUUGAGUACUGGCUACAGGAUGCAUGACUCGAAUAAAAUGGAUUUUAUACAA